CUAGUAUUUAAUACCAGAACCACUGAUACCGUCACACAGCAGAGGCAGCUGAUUCACGACCGCUGCACCGCACGGAGCGCUAUACAAUCCGCAGGCCGAUGAGCACCCGGACCGCCUCCGGAGCCGUAACCGCAAAGAGAACCGUAUCCGUAACAGAAAUCGAGUCGAAAUCCGCCCGUUAGCCGCCAGCCAUCAUGCCCCAGUGCAGUGUAUAAGUGAGACGCCGCCCGCCGUCGUCAGGAUUCCCGAUCCCUGAACACCAGCAACAGGUUGUGAAUCAUUCCUCCCCGAGAGUGACCCGGAGGACUAGUAGAAUCCCUACUCCGCCACCCCCCCCAUCCCACCUUACCGAAAAUUUCUGCAGGAUGCAUCAGCGCCGCAACGGACACGGCAACGGAUCCUGUCGGGAUGCCAGCGCGGAAACGUCAUCGACCGAGGAGGACACUGGCAAGAUGAAGCUGGAAAAGAAGCCGCGUCGCGGCUGUUACUUCUCAUUGGCAUUCUCCAUUGGCUCGAUGGGAUUGGCAUGCAGCAGCCUGUGGCAGAUCCCCAACACCACCGAUCGCAUCACUCUGCAGCGCGGCCUCUUCCUCACCUCGCUGGGUUUCAUCUAUUUUGUGUCACUGACGGAUUUCUGCAACAAAUAUCUGCUGGAGACGGAGCGCGGCCAGCGGUUUAGGAGCAAGUACCGCCUGAUGAUGUCCGAUGUCCUGGAGAUUACCAACAAAAUCGUGUCCGCCAUCCAGGCUUCGUUCUCCUUCCUGGUCGGCCUCAUCGUCUGCAAGUCCACCUGCACCAAGUCCUUCGUGUACGCCAGCCACUUCCUAAUGGAGGCCUAUGGAUGGUUCGGCACCGCCUACUUCAUGUACGACAUCUGGUCGAUGUACAAGGUGCACACCCAGAAGAUCGCCGACAAGCUCCAUCUGCUGCGCCUCACCAAGGCCAAGGCGGGCCAGGCGGAGCUGAGCAACGGCCAUGCCAGGACCAGAUCCUCCAACGGCGGCAACAACAACGGCAGCACCCCGGGCACUCCCCACGAGAUAUGCGACUACGACGGCGCCUGUGUCCAGAUCCCGAAAGACGGCCGCUGGGACUUCCUCAAGUACGUCCUGACCCAUCCGGUGAUGAUGAUCCAUCACGUUUUCAUUGGAACCUUCGGCCUCCUGGUGGUGACGUACAUCCGUGGCGGGGGCCACUGCAUCUACAGCUACAUGUUCAUGAUGGAGUUCUCCACGCCGUUCGUCUCGCUCCGCAGCAUCCUGAGCACCAUGCGUCUGAAGGAGUCCCGGAUCUACAUCGCCAACGGCCUCCUCAUGCUGGCCACGUUCUUUGUGUGCCGGGUGUGCAUGUGGCCGUAUGUGAUGUGGCGCUACAGCCUGGCCAUUGAGGCGGCCUCCUUGUGGUCGGCCAUGUGCGGUCUUCCACGCGGCUGUCUCGUCAGCAUCGCCAUUCUGUUCUUGCCGCAGCUCUACUGGUUCCACCUCAUGGUAAUGGGAGCCCUCAAGGUCUUCCUGCCGAAGAAACAACGACCGCCUCCCAAUGGAGCACUUCCCGCCACCGAGACAGACACGCCCACCGCCCUCUUGAAUGGGAAAAUUAGUGCGAACUAAAAAAAAAAACGAAAAAUUGUAUUUAUUUUUGUUUUGAGGCACAGUUCCAGCCAGCCGGCUUCCAUUGCAGAGAGGCAGAAGCUCUUGCUUUUUAGACCUUUACCUUUAUACCUUCUAAUCCCGACGAAUAACAACGAACGCCCUGAUCCUGGGACGACGGAACUUUAGUUUUUAAAAAGACAUUAAGUACUAAAUGAGGAAAAAUCGUUGAUGAAACCAAGAACAAAGCUUAAUUAUAGUUACAACUAAAACCAAACGCAAUCGAAGCGAAUAAACUAGCCCCCCUCCCCAUAACCAUAUUGAAAUAAAUGUUGCAUUCGAUCCUUGCUACUGCUUCUGUUAACAAAAAAAAAAAAAAAUCACAAAAACGAGAUGAGGAAACUAUUAAGAAAAUAUGUUACUGUGUAGAUUGAAGAUGGCAUUUGCAGAGCCUUGAGUACUGUUGAGAUUGUACGGAGGAGUAACUAUUAGAGUGUUAUAGUUGGGGACCGUAACCGUAUACGUUUCUCCAACCAAAAAGGCAGCUCUUCCUAGACAUCCUUGCUUUUUUUUUUUUUUUUAUUAAAAAUAAACCGCACAAAUGAAUUAUUUAACUGCCUAGAGAUUACACAGAUUCAUCAUGAACUUCCUUUAGAGGCUAUCCUCGUUAUAAUGAACGCAUUACGGUCCCCUCCGAUCCUGAUUGAUGAAGGUCCUGGUCCUAUAGGGAAUGUAUGUAAAACACUAGCACAAAAUCAAAUUUUAAUUGAGCUUACAACAUUGUAAUUAUAUAUGUAGUUAACUAUUUAAAUGUAAUAUAUAUAUAUACUAUAUAUAUAUGUGUAUUGGCGAGAUGUUAAAUGAUGGACAUGGAUUGUUGAAAAAAUUGUUGAUUCUAAAAACCGACAGACAGACAGGCAGUAGGCGCAGGCAAGAAGAUUAGUUUAAGGAUGCUUAGUUAUGUGUAUUUACAAACUUAACCCACAACUUAUAUACCAAACUGUUUACACACAGAAUACGAUAUUUAGAAUUAUGCCGGCGCGUAUGUAUUUCGAACUAUAUAGAACGCAUGUAGAUGAGUGUAUUUUUGGAGUGGCGCCACCGCCCCACGGGUUGAAAUAAAGUUGCUACAGUUUCCCCAACGAA